AUUGUAGUAUGUAUGGACUGUUAUCUGAGGAGGAGAGGGAGGACUCAUUUUGGGAGACCAUUGAAGAUGUGGCCAAUAAACUGUUCCUUAUACCUUGUCUACCUGAAGGACUCCUCUCAUUAGAAGUAACUCUACCUGGUUUUUCAUCACCAACAAUUAUUAUGCCACCCGGAGGAGAUCUUCAUCUUGUUGUCAGAUUAAACUAUCCAUUCUUAUGUCUUUCUGUUGAUAAUAUUCUCAAGGUUAUUGCUGCUUUAUUAAGUGAACAGACCAUUGUGUUCACUUCCUCCAAUUACUCAAUGCCAGCAUUAGUCAUACAAUGUUUGUUGAGUUACAUAUCUCCCUUUGAGUGGUGUCACAGUAUAGUACCGACAGUUCCUGAUAACUUCAUUGAUAUACUCGGAGCUCCUAGCAUUAACAUACUGGGCUGCCACUCCAACUGGCAAGAGUCACCUGAGUUCACUAAUAUUGAUGAUGCUGUUAUUGUCAAAUUUGAUGAUGAUGUUGUUGAAUCAAAACUUUCUUCAGUGUCCUCGUUCCCAGAGCUACCUGAGGCUGACAGGAUUAGAGUCAAAACACAGUAUCAAGAAAUAUUAGCAUCAUGAGAUUGACAGCCUUGAUAGGUUGGUAUUGCCAUCUGCUAUAGAGAGGGAAAGGAGGAAGAGUAAUUUUGAACAUUAUAAGGACACCACACUCUCAGCCUUGUUUCUGGAGCUAAUGGUCAGAGUAUUUUAGUAAGUUACGUA